AUGGCCUCCCCGUCGACAGAAGCCCCGCCUCCCCCGACCCUCCGAGACGUCAUCGGCCACGAUGACGACGACGACUACGACGACCACUUCAUCGCAGAGGAGGACGAGGACGAGGAGGAGGAGGAGGAGUGGGACAUGAGCAAGCGCAUGUCGCGCCUGUCCAUGGAAGGCUCCGACGGCGGCGACGCCGACGACGAGGACGGCGGAGACGAGGAGGACGAGUUCGAGGUGCGGUCGGACGUCAACGCCGCUGCCACCACGUACCGCCCGUGGCCUCCGUACGACGAGCCGCGCGGGGCCCCGUCGUCGGCGUCGCUCCCGGGCACGCCGGACCGCGGCGGCGCCCAGGCCACCGCGCAGUCGUCGCCGUGGUGGCCCGGGCCGAGCGCCAAGGACAAGGAGUACGCGAGCGAGACGGAGGCGCGGUGGCCGCCCGACGCCGACGGGCGCGGCGGGAGGCGGCGGAACCGGCGGGCGCGGAUGGCGCGGGAGGUGUGGCUGGAGCGCGCGUGGCGGAUGCGCAAGCAGCGGCGGCAGCUGCAGCUGCAGCUGCGGGAGGAGGUGCCCGUGGUGCUCCUCGGCGGCGGCGGCGACUCCCCGGCGAGCCGCGCCGGCGGCGGAGGCGUGGCGAUGGACAUGGAGGAGGUCCGCGCGUGCCGGGACCUGGGCCUGGACCUCCCCUGCGACUGGACCGUGGAGAUCCCCUGCUGCUACGCGCUCUCCGGCGUCGACACCGCCAGCAGCGGCGGCAACUCGCCGGCCUCCGGCAGCUGGCGCAUCUCCAGCCCCGGGGACGACCCCAAGGACGUGAAGGCGCGGCUCAAGGUGUGGGCGCAGGCGGUGGCGCUCGCGUCCGCCUCUCGUCUCGGUUCUUGA